CUCUUUUCCCUCCAAAACCAAACCACACCAGACAGAACAAAGAUUAUUGAUUGACAGUCAUCAGCUUGUUCUUCUCUGUGUCAGCCAAUCACCACCUCAGCAAAGAUGGCAUCAGUCUUUCCGUUUGCUUUGUUGCUCUGUUUGUCCAGUGGACUGUUGACUGCAUAUGGUGCACCUUCCUGCCCUCCUUAUUGGACUCAGUUUGGCUCUCGCUGUUUUGCUUUCUACAUCCAGACAAAGACCUGGAUGGAUGCAGAGACCUUCUGCCAGACCGCUGGUGGGAAUCUGGCUUCCAUCCACUCAGAUGCAGAACAUGCAUUCAUCAAAGCCUUCAUUAACCAAGUGACCGGUACACAGAGAACGUCCUGGAUCGGAGGCUUUGAUGCAGUGAAGGAGGGUACGUGGUUGUGGUCUGAUGGAUCCAAAUUCAACUACAGAAGCUGGAAUGCGGGGGAGCCUAACGGCUGUGUAGGGGAGAACUGUAUUGCGAUGAACUGGGGCGGAGCUCUCUCUACAGCAAACUGGAACGACUGGGCUUGUAACAACCAGGCUUCUUUCGUGUGCUCCAAGAACCUGUAACUCUAACGAGACAUCAUGAUGCCUCUACAGCUCAUCUAUAAUCUCUAUCAUUGAUUCUCUUUCAGUUUGUUCAGCAGACAGAAACAGCUCUCUGCUGACAGAUGACUCACUUUCACUUGUUUAUUAUCUGAAGAGUUAGGGAACAGUUCACAUUUGGGUUUAAAAUUAGACAGAAACUGGCUCACUGAGCUGGA